AUGAGCGGCCUUAUUGGUUGGUCUGGGCUUUUCUUGGCAGGCACCAAGUCAGAGGAAACUCCGAUGAAAUACAUUCAGGACGCUGUGGACUUAUGCGACAGGACGCUCAAGUCCGAGAAUCUAACAAUAUCCGACAAGCUGGAACUUGUGUGUGUGUUUUUCAUCCUUUGCGCUGCAGAAAUCUGUGUCGGUGACGUUAAAAACUGGUACGAUAUCUUUGGCAGGCUGCACAAGUUUAUUUCGGAUGAGUGCAACGGCAAUCUAAAGUCCCUUUUGGGACUACUGGGUGACACAGAGGGGGCAAAAUGGUUGCUGUCUAACUUUCUGUACCAUGAUGUCCUCAGCAGUUCCAGCCACGAAAAAGGCACUCUUUUUCCAAUUGAUCAAUAUUGCGAGGCAUUGGACAUAAUUCCUGGCACCACACAAUUGUUGGACUCGGGCACCGUUUGUGACCCCCUGCAAGGAUGUGUUCGGCCAAUGUAUGUCUUGCUUGGCGAGAUAAUCAAUACGAAGAACAAAUUGGACAAAAUGCAGGAGGAUCUGAACGUCAUCGUGGACCGUGAUACGUAUAAACAGAGAAAAUUUGAGUUUUUGACGACGCUAGAGUCGGACUUCGAGGAACUGGAAACUAGGAUCAAGAACACGAAUCCACAUACUCCCUCGUUGUUGCUUUUAAAGGAUGACAAAGAGCUCGAAGACCAUCUUACGUUAUUCGAGAUCUACAAAUUAAGUCUCAGGAUCUACCUCCGCUACAUGGUGCGGAAGACCCCUCCAGCAGUACCAGAAAUCCAGCUGAUGCUUCAAGAGCUUACGCUCUGUAUGGAUGUGAUCAUGGACACCAAUGUUCAGUCGGGCCUAUGUUUUGCGCUAAUGGUGGCUGGGAUUUCGUGCGUCGAUCCAGUGGAUCGUGAGCAAAUGGAAGCCAGAUUACGGUCAUUCUGUUCCAAAUUCCCCGUUAAGAAUUUCGAGCUCGUUUUGAUUCUGAUCCGCAAGGCAUGGGAACUCAACAAGGACGGAGCACAUUGUGUCAACUGGUUUGACAUUUCUGAAAGCAUGGGAUGGUACUUAUCAUUAGCCUAA